GGAACUCGCAGGUAGCGAAUAGAAACGACCUUGCCGCAGCUGCAAGCACGGAUCCGGAAGGGGUAUCGGUAAACAGGGCUUCUGUUCCACAGGGAAUGUGCAGCUACUUCUCGGGCUUCUACAAUUGGUCAACGCCAGGCAUGGUGCCGGUUUACGCUGGCUUUCUGCUGUUCGCGGUCGGGCCUUUGACACUGGCGGCUGGCUGGUAUUUGAUCAGCCGUCGGCAUGUAACGGAAUGGGAGAAAUACGGGUUGCCGUGGGAGUCGCGAUUGCCGUUCUUCUCCGAGAGGGUGAAUUUGACACUGAAUCCUGCCCCUUCAAGCAGUAUUGUGGAACCGGAAGACGCGGUGGCGGUUCGCGAGGAAGACGGUGACGAGAUGCACGCAGUGCCAGCCUCGUCUGUGCGUUCUCUUGGCGACGAGGAGCGGGGCGUUCCACAUGCACCUGCGGAACAAGACAGAAAUAUCAAGUAUGCCUUUGUCGUGAAC